AUGUCGUGGCCAGAGCAGCUGCAUGAGAAUAAUCUCAUCAGUGCGCCUGGUGAGGAAGAAUUUUCCAACCUGUUUGAUUUCAACAUACCUUUCCCCGAAAUCGAGCACGGACCAGGAACAGGGAAUAUGCAACAUUCCCAUUCCCUACCAACUUCCACCGGCCCAGACUCGGAUAUGGCUCACCUACGAUCGCAUGGCAUGCAAUACUCGGGCCAGAUGGAGGGCCUCAUGGAUUUCAACGAUAACGCACAGUCGCACACGAACCACGGCAACUCAAUGCCUUACUCGACUCCCCAUAUGACGCCAGGCUUUUGCGCGCAGCAACCAUCGCCUAUGUCGCAACCGCCUACCCACCAACAUUAUAUGCAGGGCCACAACAUGAUCCCUCCCACCCCGAACAGUAUCGAGAUGCAUGGCAAUACCGCCCGAUACCCCCAUCGCGUGGACGAAACGGAUAUGUACGACGGAUAUUCACGCAUGAACGAGGAACAGGCCCUUUACACUCCUCUUAUCUCACCGGCUAUGACGCCCCUGGAGAACCAAUUCCGACUCCCCGAAUACACAAUCCCCGGCGAAUACUUUACACCUCUCACCUCUCCCGCCCUCGAGGCCCAAAACUCCGAAUCCAACAGUUACCAGUACCACGCAAGACAGGUUUCGGACAUGGGCUUCGUUCCCACAACUACGGAAGUGAACCCUCUCCCUGGAAGCUCGGCUCCACCUUCUCCUAGCAUUAUUCGGAAACCCAACACUCGUCAGCGGCCAUCAACCGCUAAUCGGCUCAAUAACACACGGAAGGUCAAGCAAUCACCCAUUAUUCGGGCGCAGCGCAAACGCAGCACCUUGGCUACCAAUUCGGAGGAGUUCUACAAUAGCCUUACCCAGGAGAUGAACUCGACAAAGCCGCAAAAUCAGGACAUCCGCUCACUCCAGCUCAGCAGCAAUGAAGGUUCCGGCCAGGACUCGGUAUCCCCUGAGCCAUUGUCAGAACCGAUGAUGCCCCCUCCCGCUCUUCCUCCCCCUCGGAUGUCUCCUGCAAUUGCUCCCCAUGUUCAAAGCUCUUCUCCCGGUACUGCCGCCACCCCUGCGCUUUUGAUGCGCAUUCAGCGGAAUCAGCAUUCGCAAGACCCCGCAGGCCAAUUCCGCGGCCAAGCGCAGCUUGCAGAGCCUGAGUUCCCAGAUGAUAUAAUGGAAGAUAUAUCACUUCCAGAGGCGGCCGCUCCUUCGCAGCUGCGUCCGAGACCCAACCGCAUCGACACCGCUGUACGGACUCCGUCAAUCCCCACGAAUGGAACACCUUUCUUGAGUCCUUCGGCGCACGAUAAGCCUCUCAGUGCCUCUCUUGCUCCCAGUCCACGCACAACUGCAAUGCCGUCUCCCAGUGGUCCGGUCCCUCGGAAAUCAGAUACCAGGGCUGCGUCUAAUCGGAAACGACCUAGUUUGAGUUCCACUCAGGCCAGCCCACAGUUGCGGCCCAAGAUUAGUCCCAGCAUUCAGCCGCUUAUGAAAGGCAACGAGGGCAUGUCACAAGAUGCGCUUUAUCUUGCAUCAAAGUCCAACUAUCAACACAUUCUCGACGGCACUCUGCCAUCGGGUGUAAGCUAUCCAGAGGCCCUGGCAGAGAACCUGAGCUCCAAGCGCACGAAUCACAAGCUCGCAGAGCAGGGGCGCCGGAAUCGAAUCAACAAUGCGCUUAAGGAGAUUGAGCUUCUUAUUCCGCAGGAAUUCAUCGAUGCACGCAGCGCGAAGGAUGCCGCAGAAUCCGGGGGCAAGGCCAACGAGAAGGAAAAGGAGAAAGAAAAGGCCAACCAGGCUAUCAGCAAGGCUACCGCCGUGGAGAUGGCCAUUGAUUACAUCAAGGCCCUGAAGAUGACUUUGGACGCAACCAAUGCCAAGUUGGCCGCCGCCGAGGCCAAGCUGUCGGACAAGCCCUACAAGGAGAGCUCAACGUCAGCUUCAAUCGUUCAAUCUGAAAAGGCUCCAAACGAUGUUGCCAACUCUGAAACGAAGAAUUCUGAAAUGAAGAGUUCUGAGACGAAGAGUUCCCCGUGA